UAUAUAUAUGGGUUAUUACAUCAAUCCCAUUAUUGUAUAGACAGAAUUUUUGUUUUUUGCUAGUAUGAGUUAAUAACUAGGCCGAUGACUUUAAUAUUGUUUAUGUUGUUAUUAUGGUUUAAAAGCGGCAAGUGAUUAAUAAUGGGAGGUUGAAGUAAUUGGUAAUUGUAAUAAUAUAUUUGUGAUUUUUUUUGUUGCUGAUUAAAGAAAGAUUGACGGUCAACAUACAAUAUACAUGGUUUACUGUGGAGUUCUUUUCCUUCCCUGAUAUAUUUGAGGAUGUAAUGCAGGUGGUGAUAAUGGUGCUGUGGGUUUUUGGUUAUGGAUCAUUGGUAUGGAAUCCCGGAUUUGAUUUUGAUGAGAAAAUAGUCGGCUUCAUCAAGGACUACAGGCGUGUUUUCAAUCUUGCAUGCAUAGAUCAUAGAGGUACACCCGAAAAUCCAGCUAGAACUUGCACAUUGGAGGCCAAGAAAGGAGCAGUUUGUUGGGGCACUGCAUAUUGUAUUAGAGGAGACAUUGAAAAGGAAAGGGCAGCAAUGCAGUAUUUGGAGAGAAGAGAAUGUGAAUAUGACCAGAAAACUUCCGUGGACUUCUACAAGGAAGAAGAUAAUCUUAAGCCAGCUGUAACGGGAGUCUUAGUAUUCACAUCCAUCCCAGAUAAAAAGAUCAACAAGUACUAUUUGGGUCCAGCUUCUUUAGAGGAAAUAGCAAGACAAAUAGCUACUGCCAGUGGGCCAUGUGGGAACAAUAGGGACUAUCUGUUUCUUUUGGAGAAGGCAAUGUUCGAUAUAGGUCAUGAAGAUGAUUAUGUUAUCGAGCUUGCAAAUGAGGUGAGAAAGGUACUCGCGGGUCUGAAGGAGAAGAUAACUGGGGUCCCUAUCUCUUGGAAGCCCCGCCAACCUCUCGUGCAUCGACAAUUCUAAUUGUCUCCCAGCAGAUAUGGCAGCAUCUAUAUGUUUGUCUUAUAUGGUUCCCCUCUUUCUAUCUUUCUCUUGACCACACACCCUCGCUUGGAGUUCCUUGGUAGGGGAUUUUUAGUACUGAUGGCCUGUUCCCUUGAUGCUCCCGUGGCCACCUCCUCUUCCUCUGCGGUACUCUUUUCCCUUCCGGUCCAGCCGGAUUCUGCAUUUUGUUGCUCAACAGAUCCUGACUACCUUUUCAUUUUUAGCACUAAAGGGUGUAAGAGACUGAUGUUAUACAUGCUCCAUGAGCUGUAACAUUAAGCAAACACUCAAUACAAUAAUAUUUUCAACUUUUAUCUUUC